CUCCCUUAUAAUCUCUGGUCAUUACACAACAUUACGUUGAUGUCGUAGAGUUGAAAAGAAGCCUUUAACGUGUUUGAUUGACCCCUAUAUCUCCAAAAAUCAGUCCUGAGUCCACAAAAUCUUUUGUAUUAUCUAUUUUUAGUGACAAAAUACGUAUUUUUGUACAAUGUUGGGCAUUGUUGCAAAGGCCGUGAGAAGCCAAACCAAAUUCAGCUCUCUGUCACGGUUGAAUUCCACGUUAGUGAUUGCUGAACACAACAAUGAAACAGUGUCAACUGUCACUCAAGCGACAUUGACUGCAGCAAAAAAAAUUGGAGGUGAAGUAACAGUUCUUGUAGUGGGUACAAAGUGCGGACCAGCUGCUGAAGCACUGUGCAAAGCUAAUGGGAUUAGCAAAGUUCUGGUGGCUGAGGGUGAAGCUUUCAAGGGUUCAUUAGCUGAGUCAUUGACUCCUUUGAUCCUGGCAACACAGAAACAGUUCAAUUUCAGUCAUAUUUUAGCAGGGGCCAGUGCUUUUGGCAAAGCUUUGUUACCAAGGGUAGCUGCUAAGUUGGAUGUUUCCCCAGUCAGUGACAUCAUUGGGAUCAAGUCUGCAGAUACUUUUGUCCGAACAAUUUACGCUGGAAAUGCCAUCCAGACUGUGAAGUCAAAGGACAAAGUUAAAGUGAUAUCGGUUCGUGGGACAUCUUUCGAACCUCUUCCCCUAGAAGGUGGCAGUGUCAAAGCGGAACCAGCACCAGCUGGUGACUACAAGUCAAAUGAGGUUGAUUUUAUUAAGCAGGAGCUGAGUAAGUCUGACAGACCCGAUUUAACUUCAGCCAAAGCUGUGGUAUCUGGUGGACGUGGAUUAAAGUCCGGGGAGAAUUUCAAAUUACUCUACACUCUUGCUGAUAAGCUGAAUGCUGCUGUCGGUGCAUCUCGUGCAGCUGUUGAUGCUGGAUACGUCCCCAAUGACCUACAGGUCGGACAGACUGGGAAAAUUGUAGCUCCUGAGCUAUACAUCGCUGUGGGAAUCUCCGGAGCAAUCCAACAUCUCGCUGGAAUGAAAGACUCCAAAGUCAUUGUCGCUAUAAAUAAAGACGCAGAAGCGCCAAUUUUUCAGGUUGCGGAUUAUGGUUUAGUUGCCGAUUUGUUCAAAGCCGUUCCCGAACUAAAUGAAAAAUUGUAACACUCUUCCCACCCAUCGAUCUUCCAGCAGUGAUACAAUAUAUUUUUGUAAAUAAAUCAUUCCUUUAUUCUCUGCUAACGCGUACUGAACUCGUACUAUAGCUCAACUUCGGAAAUUUUAAUUAUCACCAGUGAAAUUUAUCUGAGCGCAUCAGAUUUUGAAAAAAUCCAAUGCUUCACAUGUAAAUAAUGAACAAAAUUAUUGUUGAUGAAUUUAUAAUAAAUCUAUUUUAUAACUGA